ACAAACACUAGAUAUGAACACCAUAUAAGGACAUAAUUAGUGUAUGAUUGACAUUUAGCAAAAACAACAUAGUGAGACAUUGCGAGUGAGAGAAAUAUAGGCGUGUAAACAUAGUACAACAUACGAAAUAAAAUCGAAUAAUUUGGCGAUUAAAAACACAGUGAAUUGUCGUGAAGGACGGCCCUUUUAGUAGAGCAUUCCGACAAAGUGGCACCUGCGACGAGAUCGAAAUAUGGAUAAACUAGAGAAAGAUUUAACCGGAAAAUUAAAUCUAUUAAAAUUUACGUUCGAGAAAACAUCAGAAAUUGUGAGUAAAGCAAAUAUUGUCGCCAUCGAAAGACAACGCGAAGCAUUGAUAAAGAUUACUGCGAAUAUCGAGGAAGUAAAAUUACAGAUUUUAGAAGGAAAGUUUGAACGGGGAGACAACGAUGAAACAAUUACAAAUUGGAGCAAAAAUGUCAAAGAACAAGUCGAAGAAGUCGAUGCGGAAGUCGAAAAGCUACAAAAAUAUUUGGAUGAAAUGAAAGCCAACGAAGCGAGCAAAGCGAAAGAAGCUGAACGGGCACAACCACUACAGUUUGAGAAAGAACAACACAAACAAAAACUGCAUUUUGAGCACAAAGUUGAUGAAAUCAAGAAAGAUAAAACUACAAAAAAGCCGGAUCAAAUUCAAACGAAGCUUCCCAAGUUAAUUAUUACCCCCAUUUAAUGGCGCACCAACCGAUUGGCUUCGUUUUUGGAACAUAUUUGAAACCGAAAUAGACAACAACAGUGAUAUAGCACCCGUAACCAAAUUUGCCUAUCUAAAAGAACUUUUGAAACCAAAUGUUAGAUCAACUAUAGAUGGACUACCAUUUUCAACUGAAGGAUAUACCAGAGCGAAAAAUAUUUUGAAGAACAAGUAUGGCAACACCACAGAGAUUGUCAACGCCUAUGUGCAAAACAUUAUGGCUUUACCAGUUAUCAAUGGUACACAACCCUGGAAAAUACACGAUUUUUAUGAGAAAUUAUUAUUCAACGUUCAAGCACUCGAAACUUUAGGGAAAUUAACUGAGAUAAAUGGUUAUGUGCGAAUGUCGAUAGACAAACUCGAAGGGAUACGGGGAGAUUUACUUCGAACGGAUGACAAAUGGCGCGAAUGGGACUUUCCGAAAUUUGUCGAAGCACUGCGAAUGUGGACCGAAAGAAACCCCUGCCUACCACGAAAGAAGCGGAGCGAGUUCCCAAGUGGGUCUUCCUAUAAUACCCAACAACGUACCUGUGUUUAUUGUGAUAAGCCAGACCACAAGUCAAUCGAUUGUGGCAGUGUGACUAAACCCGGUGAGCGAAGGCAGAUUUUACAGCGCAAACGACUCUGUUUUAACUGUACCGGUUCAGGGCACAGAGCUUCGGAGUGUAAAAGUCGAUCGAAAUGUCGGGUCUGCGAUGGGAAGCACCAUUCCUCCAUUUGUGAAAAACCACUGAAAGAGAACCUGAUGACAACCAAUCAAGGAAACGAACAGCAUGUUGUAUAUCCAGUUGUGGUUGUAGAUGUGCAUGGAGUCAAAUGUCGUGCGUUGCUGGAUUCGGGAUCAGGUAGCUCCUACGCAUCAGCUGUCUUGCUCAAAACGAUUGGAGUCAAACCCAUCAGCUCGGAAAUGCGACAAAUCGAAAUGAUGUUGAGCACCACAACCCGAAGGAUGGACGUUUACACUGUCAAUGUAAGCUCGUUGAAUAAGUCUUUUGAAAUGGACAUCAAUGUCAGCAAAGUGGAGAAGCCUCAACUCAUGAC